AGUCCACCCUUGGCUUCCGCCUUCGACUGUCCCACCUUGCAACUUCCAACUCAAAUCCCAAUUAAUACGGCAAUAUAAUGUCCAUCUUACCGCAACACCACCACCUCCAACAUGCUGAUGCUACAACCGGCCACCAUCACCACCACCGCAACCGCCGUGUCUAUUGCACGGCAACACCACCAAACACUAGGCCUAAACUCCAAAAACUCGUCGCCAACACAACGCCGGUCAUUACUCAACCAAAACUCGAUGUCGACCCAAGCCUCAAAUCGACUUGGCUUCAUCGCGCAUGGUUGGCCACCGGAUCCACAACAGUAGUCCUGUCCUUAGCCAAUUCCAUCAUCGGAUCAAUCGACUCACACAUCUGGCUCGAACCCGUCUUAUCUGGAUUCGCCGGCUACUUGUUUUCAGAUCUUGCUACCGGUAUAUACCAUUGGGGCAUUGAUAAUUAUGGCGAUGCCUCAACUCCGUUAAUCGGUGCGCAAUGUGACAUGGCUCUGGGCCACCAUAAGUGGCCUUGGAAAAUUACUAAGCGUCAGGUUGCGAAUAACUUACAUCUGUUAGCAGGUGGCGUAACAUUUACAAUGCUACCGAUUAAUCUGAUCUACCAUGAUCAACCUGUGGUGAUGGGGUUUCUGGGGGUGGCUAGUGGGUGCGUCAUGUUUAGCCAGCAGUUCCAUGCUUGGGCUCAUGGAACAAAGAGCAAGCUGCCACCAAUAGUGGUGGCGCUACAAGACGCCGGAGUGAUUUUAUCCCCAUCACAUCACGUCGGCCACCACACGCCGCCGUAUAAAAAUUACUGCAUUGUGAGUGGGGUUUGGGAUAGGUUUUUGGAUAAGCAUAGGGUGUAUGAGGCUCUGGAAAUGGCGGUGUUCCGCAAGUUUGGUCUGCGACCACGGUCAUGGAGCGAACCAGACGACGAUUGCAUGGUGGAGGCGGAGGCUUCUCCGCCAUAAAACGUGUUGUCCAUUUCUUAAUAUUUAUUUUCCUAAAUAAAAGUUUAAUGCAAGUUUGAAUAUUAAAUUGAAGAAUUAUAAACCAUUGCUCGUUGCAUUGAUUAAGGGAUACUUAAAGAUCAAUUGGGUUAAAACGAAGGUCAGAAAGGAGUGGUGAUGUCAACGGUUCGCACUAAAAUGGAAAAUAUCAAAUGUGUAAGAUUGAAUGUUAGUUUAAUAAACAAACGAAUAUAAAUAAGAUUAGUUUUUGUUCUUUA